AUGAAGUUCUGCUGCCUAUCCUUCCGGCAGCCUUAUGCAGGUUUUGUCUUAAAUGGAGUCAAGACUCUGGAGACUCGCUGAUGUCCUUUGCUGAGCAGCCACCGGCACUGUACCAUCGCUAUCCACAUUGCUCACAGGGACUGGGAAGAUGCUGUCUGGAGAGAACUGCUGCUGCAGAGGCUGGGGAGGAACCCUGCUCCGAUUCAGGCCUUGCUUCGGGAAGGGGAGAAGAAAAACAUCUCUGUGCUUCUCUCUUGGUGCACAGGGCUCGUUGACAUUGGGGAAACUUUGCAGUGUCCAGAAAAUGUAGCUCCUGAUGAGCUUGUGGAACUGGAAAAUUAAGCUAUACUAACCAAUCUGAAGCAGAAGUACUUGACUGCACUUUCAAACCCCAGGUGGUUACCGGAGCCCACACCCAGGAGAGGUGGAAAGGAUAUCUUCCAGGUGGACAUCCCAGAGCACUUAAUCCCCCUGGGGCAGGAGAACUCCUCACAGGAAGGUUACUGAGAAACCAGCUGACUCAUGACCAUUAACAUGCCAUCA